GAGUCCACAAUCUUUUCUCCACUCUCCAUCAGUGCAUUAACAUCAUGGCGUCAUAAAGCCACAUACAACUUCUCUAUAGAGUGUCUGGAGCCAUGAAGAGGCCAAGGAGUAUUCAGGACUGUUAAAUUUAACAUUGCAACAACCCCCACCCUGGGAGACUCUCAGCAGCAUGCUGAAGUUGUGCAUCGUGGUGAUCGUUGGGCACUUUGUGCUUUUUGCACAGGGAGCUGCUGCUGCUCCAAAAAGACCUGCAGCAGACCCCGGGCUGGAAGCAGACAUGGAGGCACAGCAUGAAGAUAACAAGCUGCAGGAGGUGACAGAUGACCAGGAAAAUAUCCUCUUUAAGCUGCUGGGUGAUUAUGACAAAGUGAAAGCCGUCUCGGAAGGCUCUGACUGUGGCUGUAAAUGUGUUGUCAGACCCCUGAGCAGGAGCGCCUGCCGACGGAUAGAGGAGGGCAACGCCGGCGCGCAGGACUCAUACACAGUGGAGACCAUCACAUCCGGUCCAGAGUGUAAGUGUGCCUGCAUCGCUCCUCCGACAACGGUCAACCCCUGCGAGGGAGAGCUCAGGCUGAAAAAGCUUAGGGAAGCUGCAAAAGAUGAUGUCAAGCUGGCCACCAUCCUUGAGCUCCUGGAGGGUUCCUAUUAUGGGAUGGAUCUACUGAAGCUGCAGUCUAUCAUUGGCAAUUUGGUGGAGCGAGUGACCCACAUUGAAAAGGUUAUGGCCUUGAAACACACCACAGAUGAGGUAAAGACCGACAAGAACCCUCCAAACACAGAUGAUGCUAAUAAGCGUUGGACUACAUCCCCACCUUCACCCCAUCAGGAUGACCGGGAUGAAGGGAAACUGGGCAGACCAGGAGCCUCUCAAAAACUAACGGAGACGUUUGUUGCAAGAACCAAGUCCAAUGUUUCGACUCAAGUCACUGAGGUCAAAACGCAUUCCAUUCCCAAAAAGGGGGUGGACAAGGAGGUUUCUCCAGGGUCCAAGAGUGGUCUCAAUGGGAUGAUCAUCAGAGGAGUGACUUUUUACAAGUCAGAGCCUGAACCAGUGGUCACCGAUGAUGGAGAACCCGAAGAGAACGAUUUUGAGUACCAUGGAUUCAGUGGGGAUGGCCCAAUAGACCUCUUGAUUGAGGAAAACCUUCUUCGACACCGAGUUCCCCGCCCUCAUCCUGGGCCUAGGUCAUUUCGACCUGUGACAACUGGCCUCUUCCACGGCUCCAAGAAGACCAGCCAGACAACAACACAGAGAGACACAGAGCCCACUACUAAAGCUCUGACAGAGUUGAUUACUGACAUUGAUGCUACUUCACAAAAACCUCUCCCAACAUCAUCAUCCCAGUCUUUGGACUUGACCACUUUCAUGGACGCCUCCCCAACCAAGGAGACGCUCACAAUGUCCAAACCUGAUGAGAAGGUAACAACCGCAGUGUUCACCACGAGAGCUAUCACCAUGGAAACCCCAAGCCUGGGGAUGAGCAAUCCAACUCAAGCCUCAGAGUUACCAAACACCACUCUAAAGCAUGUAACCACCAACACUGUGACCAGUCCAGCCCACUCUUCAACAGGAAAAGCCACCCAGGUUACUGUCACGAAACCACAAGAAACCACCAUCCUUUCAGUGUCUCCUACCACAAGGUUUCUGCACACUUCUACACCUGUCACCAGACCUGCAACAACAUCUCCUCCAGCUACCACCACCACUACCAUCCGGGUUUCUCAGGUCAAACAGAAGUACAAGAUCAGCUGGGAAGAGGAAGAGGAGGAUCACCAGGAGUUUGAUGAAAUGAUGCAAAGGCAGGAAGAAGCCACGACAAAAAAAACUGAAGAGUGUAAGGACACUCUGGCAACCAUCUCUGACCCGGUGACUCACAACACCUACGGCAGGAAUGAAGGAGCAUGGAUGAAAGAUCCGAAGUCAAACAACGACAGAAUUUAUGUCACCAACUUCUAUUAUGGUAGCAACCUCCUCGAGUUCCAGAAUUUGGAGGUUUUUAAAAAAGGCCGUUUCACCAACUCCUACAAGCUUCCUUACAACUGGAUCGGCACAGGUCAUGUGGUGUAUGAUGGGGCCUUCUACUACAACCGUGCCUUUUCUCGAGAUAUCAUUAAAUUCGACCUGCAUCAACGCUAUGUGGCCGCCUGGACUAUGCUGCACGACGCCGUGAUGGAAGAGUCAACGUCAGCAUGGGAGUGGCGCAGUCACUCGGACAUCGACUUCGCUUUGGAUGAGAGCGGCCUGUGGAUCAUUUACCCGGCAAUGGAUGAUGAGGGCUUCCUGCAGGAGGUGGUCGUCCUGAGCCGCCUGAACCCAGUGGACCUGAGCAUGCAGAGAGAGACCACAUGGAGGACCGGGCUGAGGAGGAACCACUACGGGAACUGUUUCAUCGUGUGCGGCGUUUUGUACGCUGUUGACAGCUACAACAAAAGGGACGCCAACUUAGAAUACGCCUUCGACACACACACCAACACACAGAUGAUUCCCAGGAUGCCUUUCACCAACAAUUACACCUACACCACCCAGAUUGACUACAACCCCAAAGAGGGUGUCCUGUACGCCUGGGACAAUGGACACCAAGUGACAUACAACAUUAAGUUUGCCUACGUAGACACCAAAUAAGCCUUGACAUAUUUGAAAUGCUUACAUGGAUUGUAGAUCAGUUCUGUAUUGGUUCAUAUCAACCGUUUGUACAUGAUUUCAACCAAAUUGAGCCACACUCCUGACAUGACGACCUCCACACUUGGUUCAAUUCUGUGUCAAUUUUCCAUUCUAUACAAGCUUUAUAUUUCCCUUAUUUUCUUUGUAAAGGCAACUCAAACAUGUCUGUCUUGUCUUGUGGAAGCACUUACUCUGUGGUGACUGAGGAUGAAUAAAGUUCAUUAAAGCUCACAAGUGUCAAUUCAGACUUUUGAAU